AUGACAUCCUUUCCCAGCUACCGCGCCCGCUCACACACCAUGCGCCAACAGUUUCCAGCCUACACCAUUUCCACCAACACCUCGUCCAAAAUGGCCGACAAGAACUCGAAGACCGAUUUCGCCACGCCCGCCCAGGGUGCUCCCUCUUCGGAGGUAAAGGAGCGAACCGCUUCUUCGAUGUCGACUAAGUCGGCGGGCCCAGCUCUCGAGGCCCAGAAUGACACUCCCCGCGCUCGCUCCCGCGCUCGCUCCCCCGGGCCCUCAAAGCCCAAGAAGCCCAAGCGCAAAGAUAUGAGCGAACUAGAGUUCGCUCGCGCCAUGCACGCCUUCUACAGGGAUCGUGCCACUUGGAACUUCCACGAGGUCAAGAAAAACGAAGAAAUGGCCAAGCUCUACCGAGAGUGGAUGGAAAGAGACGCCGACUCGACUGUGGAAAACGCACUCGCGAAGCUUGAUGAAGAGGAGGCCGCCGGGGCCUCGAGUGAGUCGGUCAUCGGCGAAGCUCACCAGGGAUAG